GCAUAUUCUUCAGUAACCCUCCUCUGUUUUCUGCCGACUCAGAAACUGAUAAAAAUCCCCACUUCGCCCUUCCUUCUUCUCACACUUCACCAUGAAGACUCCGUUCCUUCUUUGAACCCACCAAAAGAGAGCAAAAGAACACACAUAAAAACGAAUCAGUAGCCAUGGAAGCUCUUUACCCGCAUUUCUACAUGUCGAGCCACCACCUGCUAAAUGACAACAGCAGCAGCAGCCAGAGCUCGGAGUGGACUAGAGAAGAGAACAAGGCCUUCGAGAGCGCUCUGGAUCUCUAUGGCGAGCACGAUCCGCACCGCUGGCUCAACGUCGCCGCCAUGAUCCCGGGAAAAUCGGUCUCCGAUGUGAUCGAACAGUACAGGGAGUGGAAGAAGACGUGUGCGACAUCGAAGCAGGGCGCGUCCCGAUCCCCGGUUACCUGGCCGCGGACGACGAUGCUGCUUUCAGCCUGGACCUCAUCGUCGGGCCCGACUUCGUCGAUUCGUACAGAAAGCGGCCCAUGGGCUCCACUAAGACCUCCGAUCAGGGCCGCCAUCGAUCCGCCCGCCGCCCGGCGCUGCAUUUUAGUCGGUCAGGUGAGGAGGUUCGACGAUGAAGGAAGGAGAAGGUGAGAACGGCGGGUGAAUUCUGUGGA